AUGGAGAUCAUGGAGCAAUUGUCAGACUCUGCUGGAUUUCUAGUUACCAAGGAAGAAUUGCUAAAUUUGAAAUUGGAGAUUGUGAGUGAUAUUACUUCAGUCUUCAAAAAUGAGUUAAAGGACUUGAGGAAAUUGGUUAAUUCGCAAAAUAAACAAAUUGCCGAUUUAAAAAAGGAGAUUGAUAAUCUCAGAAAUGAUAAAGUUGUUAUCAGAGCGGGACAUGUGGAUACUCCGUAUGUCCCACCCGCUCGGAAUGCCGUAUGUGAGUCAUUCCUAACUGAAACAGAAGGUAAACAAACCGAGCUACGAAAUUCUAACCAGAUUGUCGAUAUUGACACAUUAAAGACAGCCGAAGCGGAAAAUUCAGGUUUGACAUCAGCCAGCAAUAACAACCCAAAUAUAAACAAAGGAGAUUUGACAGAAUAUACAGAAAGAGAAGAUCUUGCAACGAAGUGGACAACAGUGACAAGAAGGGAAAGAAAAACAAAGAAAAGCAGUGAAUCUGAAUCGACUCGAAAUACAGUACAUAGGAAAACAAGAAGGAGUAUUUUAUGCACCGGAGACAAUAAACUAGACGAUAAGAUAAAAGGCGCCAUUAGGAGAAAAUGGAUUUACGUGGGAAGAAUUGCCGGUUCUGAUGUAACAGCUCAAGAUGUGAGGAACUUCCUUUCGAAUCUUCCUGGAUAUGAAACAAUUGAAAUAAAUAAAUUAACAACGAAAGGUACAAACUCGGCUUUCAGUAUUGGAGUGCCUGAAGAAACAUACAAUCUGACGGUGACUAAUCGUGAGCCCACUCGUAUAACUCCACACUCGGCCACCUGCCUUGAUAAUGUAAUAUCUAAUCUGGAGGGCACUACAACUGUCCAGGAAGAGCAUAUGGCUGAUCACUCGGGGCUUAAAUUCAUUUUUCAGAAUGGACCAUUACCUCUUGAGUCAGUAGUGAAGAAAAAGGUGAGAAUAUUUAAUGACAACACACACCAACAUUUUGAAUGUCUACUCAAGAAGGCGGACUGGUCUAGUGUUUACCUUCUGCCAGAAAAUAAUGUGGAUGAAAUGUGGAAUUCCUUUUCCGAAAUUUUCGGCAUGAUUUAUAGUAUUGCUUUUCCGGUGAGGACAGUAAACAGGAGCAAGAAAAACAAAUUUCAGAACUCUCCAGAGGUUAAAUCAUGGAAGCGGUUAGCGGAUGCUCUGUUUGUGGUUUCUAGGUAUAGACCCGACAUGAUGGAAAAUUAUAGAUAUGCAAAAUACAGAUACGAUAAAGCAAUUAUUUAUAAUAAACAAUUUCAUUAUAGGAGGAUCAUUGAUGGAGCUGAUAAUAAAUCGAGCGCAGUCUGGAAUGUCAUAAGGCAGAUAACCAAGAAGAAGAGGACAUCUGAUGCCAAACUCCCAGCGCUAAGCGAAGAAGGUAAUCUGGCGGAGGCUGCAGAUGCAUUCAAUAGAUUCUUUACGAAUCUCCCACCGAGACAAACUGGAGGCCCAGAGGUCAAUGUUAACAGCGCUAUUCCAGAACGAACACAUAAAUCCCUCUAUCUAUUCGACGUUACUGAAUCAGAAAUAUUGUCAGUUGUAAAAAAUAUGAAGAACAAGAAUAGUUGUGGUCAUGAUGGUGUCCCUAUGACUGUAAUCAAACGACAUAUUUCAAAUAUUUUAAGACCUCUUUGUUAUAUAAUCAACUGUUCUUUCAGGGGCGGCAUUUUUCCGGAUUCUUUCAAGCUAUCACUGGUUAAACCCUGUUAUAAGAAAGGUGACAUAAAUUUGCUCUCCAACUAUAGACCAAUCUGCUUAACUACAGCAUUUGCUAAGAUUUUCGAGAAAGUACUUGCCAAGCGAAUUCUGAAGUUCUUCCAAAAAUUUGAAAUUUUAUCUAGGAAACAACAUGGUUUCAUCCCGGGACGCGGCACUGAGACUGCCAUUUUCGAGGUCCUAUGGCAGAUUACACUCACUCUCGAGCGAGGAGAGAUACCAGCAGGACUCUUUGUUGACCUAUCCAAAGCAUUUGAUUAUGUUGACCAUAGACGCCUGCUAAUGAAGCUGGAGAGAUUUGGUAUUAGGGGGUUACCACUCAAGCUUUUUGAAAGCUAUCUUGGCAACAGAAGACAGGCUGUCGUUUUGGACUCGCCUGGGGGGCGGCAUAUGUCAUCUGAGGCCUCUGUUCUGGAGGGUAUCUUUCAAGGCACAAUAUUGGGGCCGAUCCUCUUUGUGGUCUAUAUAGAUGAUCUACCCACAAGGAUUCAGGAUGAGAAUUACGUGGUUGAUAUGCCGGUGCGUCGGGAUGCUUGCUUAUUUGCGGAUGAUACAAAUGUCAUAGUGAGUGGUGACAAUAUUGAGACCCUAUCAGAAAACAUACGAGAAACAAUGCAGCGUAUUCAGGAGAAGAUUACACUUGGUGAUGGUGAGGUUCCUGUUAAUCAGAAUACCAAACUGCUAGGCGUAAUGAUUGAAAGUAAUCUGGGAUGGACGUUGCACUGUGAUGCCUUAGUAUCCAGGUUGAAUUCCGUCAUUUAUACGUUCAAGAUAUUGAGAGAUCAAGUCGAUGUGGAUACCUUAAAAACGGUAUACUUCGCAAAUUUCCAGUCUCUGCUGGCUUAUGGGCUCAUAUUCUGGGGAGUAUUCAUCGUUGUUGUUGUCGAGGACGAACUGAAGCACAGAGGAAUACACCCAAACAUUAUACAGACGAUUAAACAACUGAACACGGGCAAUGUCACCACAAUCAAGGCAGGAACGACUACAACCGACGAAAUAAACAUCGAUACGGGAAUAAGACAAGGAGAUAGUCUCAGUCCUUUGCUUUUCAAUCUGUUGAUGGACAGAAUAGUUGACAGCGUGAGGAAGGUGAAGCAUGGGUACAGAAUGGGAGACAAAGUUGUGAGGAUCUUAUGCUAUGCGGAUGAUGCAGUGCUGUUUGCGGAUAGUGAGGAUGGUCUGCAGUGGUUGCUUCGGGCGUUCAACAGAGAGGCUCACAAGCUAAGCAUGGAAAUAUCAACCACUAAAACUAAAACUAUGGUGAUUGCUAGAGAACCGCGCCGAUGUAAAUUGGAGCUUGAUAACUACAUAAUAGAACAGGUUUCCGAAUUGAAUUAUCUGGGUACAGUGAUCUCACCAUAUGGGAACUUGAAAGAAGGUGUAAGGCAUCAGAUAAAUAAAGCGGCCGGAAUUGCAGGUGCACUAAGAAACACCAUCUGGAAAAAUAACUAUAUGACAACCACCAGCAAAGCCAGAAUUUACAAAGCAUGCGUUAGACCUGUAAUGACAUACACGGCGGAAACACGAGCUGACACGGCCGAAACAAAAAGGAUGGCACGCACAAAUGAGAUGAAAGUACUCAGGUCAAUUACUGGUAAUACGCUUAGAGAUCAGAGGAGAAGCAGUGACAUCAGAGAGGAAUGCCAGACUGAAGACGUGGUGAGGUGGAUGCGAGCGAGAAGGAGAUAUUGGAACGAGCAUGUGUCACGGAUGGGAGAUGACAGACUGGCGAAGGUUGUAAGAAAUGGAAAACCAACAUCAAAGCGACCUCCAGGAAGACCGCCAAAAAGAUGGAAAGACAGUUGGAGCUCCAUAUCGCAGGAACGAGAAGAAGGGGACUGA